GACAAGGACUCUGGUGAAUUCACUAUUUACAAGAGGUUCAGUGCAAGACCAAUUCUUGCGUCGGUCAAUGUUUCUACCGGAGCCAUGUUGACCGGUCUCGACGAGUCGUUACCGAACGGAGGAUCAGUCUCCGUUACUUCUCACAUCCAUGACUCUACGCGGGAAGAUCUCGUAUUCGUCUUAUAUCAAGGUUGGCUAUUCAGCAUCUCUGCCGUAGCAACUUACAUGAGACAAUUACAGAUUUUCAAGCAGUCGAUUCCGCACAUCGCGGCUGCUCUCGCAUCUGAAUGCCUUGCUACUGCCUGGUCUAUGUACAAAGUGGUAAAAAUCAAGAGCUUCCAAAAUGAGUUUAAUCGCGUCACGAUCAACGGAGUUUGUGCUGGUGUCAAUGUUUUACCUCGUUACUUUGAAUAUCGACAAGCAAUUGAGGUGAGUGACUCUGGAAAUGCGUUGUUCCAAGUCUCAACAGAAUUUAGGCAACCAUCCUCGCGUUGA